AUGCCAAGGGCCAGUGGGCGCGCGAUGCACCAGCUUCCCCUGGCCGCGCGGCCGCCGGCGCCGCGGUCUCACUGUUCUCGGAGUAGGUCGGCGUGCCGCUGCAGCCUGAAGCAGGCGCCUGCCUCUCUCGCCGUGGCCGCAAGACGGUGCGCGGCCGCGCCGCUCUUGGCCGCGUCGCUCCUCCUCGCCGCCGCCGCGACUCCUGGCAUUCCUGCCGGUACUCCACCAGCGUUUGCCCAAUCCCAAGGCGCGGCGCUGUUCCGGAAGGCGUGCAUCGGGUGCCACGACACGGGUGGGAACAUCCUACAGCCGGGAGCCACCCUCUCCAUGAAGGAUCUUGAGAGGAAUGGAGUUGCCACGGAGGAAGAGAUAUACAACAUUACUUAUUACGGGAAGGGAAGGAUGCCGGGUUAUGGAGAGCAAUGCACGCCGAGAGGGCGGUGUACCUUCGGCCCCCGGCUGCCUGAAGACGAUAUCAAGAUGCUUGCAGCAUUUGUCAAAUCGCAAGCAGAGAACGGGUGGCCAAAGAUCGACGGUGAUGUCGAGUGA